AUAAUUACCCACUGUACACAGACACCUCGGCUUUCCUCUUGUUUCCCUCUCUCUCUCCAUCGACGCCCGACACCUAACCCUCCCUCUUUCGCCACCGUCAACGCCCUCAUUCGCGGUUUGCAGCUACUGAUCUCUCUUUUUCUUCCAGAUUGGAAUCACCAUCUCAUAGGAGUAGAAGAAGUGUUGGUUGAUGUGGUGGCGGAAGGAGUAGGUGGUUUGGGAAUCGAAGGAGGGGGAACAUCUUUAGAUGGAAGCUCCAAGGUUAUCAACUCCAACAAUGGUGAUGGUGGUGGUGUGCAAGUCAUGUUCUUCACUGAGGUGUUGGAGGAUGUUACCCUUCAUUUUUAGAUCAUACAUCUUCACAAAUAGAUCUAUGCAUGGAUUGGUUGCAACUCUGCCAGAUUUGGACGCUUACAUGCCGCCGCACCUACCCGACCUAACAAUACUGUCAGUGUUACUGACAUACUUGGAGGAUCUUCUGAUAACACAGGAUCUGACAUUGCUCAUCGAUUAGUUUUGAAGACAGGUCUAAAUGUGAUGCUAGCUUGUAACAUUCCAAAGAAUAGCCCCAUGCUUGUGGCUGAAGUUGAGAAAAAGCUGCUGGAGAAGUUAAUUAACCUGGGGUAUACUAGGCCAAAAUCUAAUGGAUCAUCUUCAUAGUAGAAAGUUGAGGCCAACAUACAAUACAUGAAAGAUACAAUUAUAUGGUCGUAGUGAUUCUGAUGACAGUGCGAUACUGGCUGAAGUCCAGGAAACAGCAACACUUGGGGCACCUGGCAUUGGUCAAGGGUUGUGUGAUAGCUUUUUGUUUGUUUGUUUGUUUGUUUUCCCCUUCUCUUAAAAUCCUUUUGCUUGAAAGUCUUGCUGCUGAUUAGAAGGUUGAGUUGAUUGUAUAGUGGACCUGCUAUGAUCAGUUUGUGAAUAGUGGGGGUUUACUAUUUCUUGUGAAGGAUUUUUUAUUGAAUUCUAAUACGAUGUAUACUGAUUGACUUGGUAGCACUCUUACUGAA